AGAUACCUUAGUCGGGGAUUGGUUUCCGCCGGGCCGGGUCUUCAGCUCGGUUCGGUUCGGUGGACCGGCGAACUCUAAUCGAGCCACUCACUAACCAUGUCAAUCGUCCACGGUCAAGGUGUGCUACUUCUAUGGAUGUUUCCGGCCAAGCAAGCACCGAAAGCCACAACAGGGUUCAUGGGGAUGGGGAAGAGGCCAUCCACGAAGCUCAACCUAGCAGCUCGAAUGCGGAUGCAUGGCAUCGAUCUACCACAUUUCGCUUUGUUAUCAUACAUUAUAAGGCAGGAGGAUCCUCGGGAUUCCGCAUGUCAAUGACACUUCACUAAGAGUCUUUCCCCGAUGCCUUGAGACGUCGGGUAGAAUGGCACAACAAACUGAAUGAAAAUUCCGAAGAGAAGAGUACAUUACCUUCAUG